AUGGCUCUUUUCAGACACUCUUGGACCUGCAUGCUCUUUCUGAUGGUGGCUGUAAUUCAUGUUCAGGCACAGACAACAGACUGUUAUGUCAAUAAUGAAAAUCCUCACAUAGAGGAGAACAACCUUCCCGGGCAAGUGGUUACCACCAUCGUGAAAGGACCUGGUGUCACAGUCACAAUUGAUACUGAAACAACAGAGCACCCUGAUUUUUUUGAGAUUAAUGACACACAGCUAAUUCUGAACCAUUCUUUGGAUUAUGAGGAUACAGAAGCGAUAUUUGUAAUGCUAAAGUGCUGGAGGAGUGAUGUGGAAAUAAAAGCUGUGGCCAUAAUUGUGACUGUUAUCAACACAAAUGAUAACUCUCCUGUGUUCAAGAAAGCUAAUAUCACUGUCAGUAUUAAUGAGGAUACCAAAGUAAACACAACCGUUGUGCCCCAGGUGGAUGUAACUGCUACUGAUGCUGACUUAGACACAGUAUUUUACAACCUUACAGGAAGUCCACUGGAAGCAACUGACUAUUUUAAUAUACAAGGAGUUAAUAACCCAGCAAUAUACUUGUGCAAGGCCCUGGACUAUGAAAUACUGAACUUCAUGCAAUUGACUUUGUAUGCCAUGGAUGGGACUGCUGAUGAAUUAGGCGUUCACACAGCCACAGCAACAAUAACCAUACAUAUCCUACAGGCUGACCUCAGACCUCCCUGGUUUCAGCCAUGCACUUUCAUUGCAGACAGCAAAGUGUGUGUCAAUCGUGGCUACACUGGCAGAGUCAACAUUUCAGAGAUGAUGACAGAGCCCUUGAUUCUGAAUCCAGGACCUCUCUAUGCUGUGGAUGGAGACAUAAGUUUGAAUGAAAAAACAGAAUAUCGCAUAAUUGAUGGGAACGACAAUGACACAUUCUUAGUAAACAGAGAUACUGGGAACAUAACAAUGAAUAAGCCUGUAAAUACCCUAAGAACAUUUCUGUUAUACGUCUUGGCUUCCCAAGCCAAUAAUCCAUUCAGAUUUUCCCAAACUACAGUGGAGAUCAGUGUUGUGCCUAGAAAUGAUCACAAGCCCCAUUUUGAGAAGACCACUUACUUAGGAACAGUGCCUGUGAACCAUCCUAUUUCCAGUCUGGUCAUGGAUGCUGAAAUGCCUCUGAGACCCCUGUGGAUCUUUGCUGCUGAUGAAGACUUUCCAGAUAAAGUCAAUCCUGAUAUCACUUACCAAAUCCAAAACAGCACAGAUUUUACUGUUACCCGAGAUGGAUUUCUCCUGACUACUGUGGUUCUAAACUCAACCUCCACCAUAACACUUUGGGCUAUAGCUAAUGAUAAGAUGACUAUGGAAGAGGCAAGCACACUGAUCAUUGUAGAUGUCACACCUUUGACAGGUACAACCACUGUUCCCACAACUACUACCACCAUCAUAGCUACCCCAAGCACCUCAGAGACAAGGACUACUAUUUCAAAUCCCUUAGGUUCAUCAAUAACAACUGGGAUAAAUAACACUUUAUCUACAACUCCAUCUGGAUCCUCAACAGUACCUUCUACAAGUACAGCUAGUAAUGCUGGCCUCACAGGAAGUCCUGGGACAAAUACAACAUCUGGAUCUAUCAUCCCACCUUUGGUAACUACAUUGACAUCUUCCUACAUUACAGGGAACACUUCACAGUCUCAGACCACCAGAUCUUCCAUAACGGGGAUAAGCCAAGCAAGCAGAACUACUAAUGCUGGUGUCACAGGGAGGCCUCCUACAACAUCUGGAUCCCCACCACUGGUAACUACGACAUCUUCCUACAUCACUACCUCACAGUCUCAUACCACCAGUUCUCCCAUAACAAGAAAAAGCCAAGCAACACUUGACGCUCUUCAGUCAACUCGGACUAUGACUGCUUCUCAGGCUGGAUUUACAAAGUCUCCCACAGCAGCAGAUGUUGUUUCACUGUCUACUGCUAGAAUAACUUUGCAAUCUGAAAGUUUGAAGCCUUCAGCAGCAACCAGUAGGACUGCAUCCUCUGCUUCUCUUUUUACAGCCACAGUAAAAACUUCCCAGUCCACCAUCCUGAUAUCUAAAUCUACCACAAGAAGAGACACCUCAGCAACUGCUGUGACGUCAGCUGCCUCACUGUCUAACACUCAGAUAUCAUCAACAUCUAAUCAAUCAACAUCUAAUCAAUCAACAUCAACUGACUCCUGAGCUCUUUGUUUCCUUGCAUGUGAUUGUGAAGAAAAGGAUAUGAUUAUUCUUGGUGCCACUUUAGGCAGCUUAUUAGCAAUUACAUUGGCCCUCCUGUUCGUAAUGAUCUGCAAGUAUUACAAAAGCUCAAGGAAACAGAAAGAUGGAGAAGACAGCGACCAACUCUCAUUGGAUUCAACUAAUCACUGCCUCCAAGAUGAUGAGAAACCUGACUCAGGUGAAAAUGACAAUAAGUCAUUCGCAAGUGACGAGUCUGCCAGCAAUAAUCCAGUUACAAAAGUGCUGUUGGGUACUCCACCUCCCUCAAAGAAGGCCAUAGAAAACAGGCAGGCAUCAUCACGUUCUGAAGGGACAGAGGAAGGUGAAGAAAAAGAGGACAACAAUGGCAAUGAAAAGGAAGUAAAAUCCAUUCUCACAAAGGACAGGAGGCUGGCAGACGAUGGAUAUAAGGCUGUGUGGUUUAAAGAAGACAUUACCCUGGAAGUUAAGGAUGUUGAGAUGAUGAUUGAAGUCGACAGUGAUGCAGAAGAGAGUAGGAAUGAUGAUGAUAGUGAUGAUGGAGAUUAUGAAGGUGAGGGAGAUGACAGAGAGAGUGGCAGAGGUGGUAGCAAUGUUUCCUUCGUUCCAGGAAUCUUUUCAGGAAAUUAUUGUAAUGCCCAUCAUCUUUAUACUGUUUGCUAA